AGCUGAUACAAAGUUCCUGCUUUAUGGGGGACAAGGGAGAUCAAGACAUUUUCAGAUCUGAAUGAGCUUGAUAGCUAAACAUUUACAGAAAGAUGGAGUUCUGAUAAGGUACACCACACUGGAAAAAGAAUGGAUCCCCACAGUGAAGAAAACAUGGAUCCAGAAGUCUCAGUCAUGUUUCAGAGCCCCUUCCCUGAGGGUAUAAGUCAGGAAAGAGUUCAAGCUGAGCUCUCUACCAAAUACAACCGUCAGGAGCUGCCAGAGCACAAAGUGAACAUUGAAAAGAUCUGGCAGAAGCGUUGCCAGGAGCAACCUUGGUUGUUCAAUGGUGCAAAGUUCCGGAUUCACUCAGUGACUUUAGAGAGGGGGAUCCUUAAAUUCCACCUUGGGCUGACAUGUUACAGGGACUUUAUUGGCACGAACUGGGCUACUCAUGCAUCCUACUUGCAGAAGCUUGGACAAGCAGAUUUUGGAGACAGUCAGGCAUACCUGGCAGAACCUCUUGGUGUUGGAGCUAUGCUGCAUACAGCUGAUGAUAAUUUUGUGUUCCUUCAACGUAGUUUACUGGUAGCAGAAGCACCAGGGCUAAUAGACAUUCCAGGAGGUCACCCAGAACCAAAGGCAGUUGUGCAGGGUAUUCCUGAAGAAUCCAUCACACUUGAGGACCUCUCAGCAGAUCAAGUUGUGCAGGAGCUAUUCUCUUCAAUUUUAGUAGAAAUACGGGAUGAGGUAAAUAUUCCUUUAACGACGCUGGAAAGACCAGUACUUCUAGGAAUUGCCCGCAAUACCACUAGUGCAGGGAGAGCGAGUGCUGAGUUCUAUGUCAGAUGUUCUCUGACCUCUGAAGAAGUGAAACAGUUUUAUUUAAUUGGAGGACCGGAGGCUGAAGAAUCAACUAAUAUUGUGUUUAUUAAAAGACAGGAUGUCCUGAGACUUAAAGAAAACAGAGAUGUCUGGAAGGGACUGUGUCCGUCUGCUAAGGGUGGAGUUAUACUGUAUUCAUCAGUCAAAGGAAAAGUAAACUGAACUUCAAGGGAUUCCAUGACUCCUUCCCAGGAUUCGUAAUGGUCAUUGUUUCAUACUCCUUCAUAAAAAAUUAGAUCAAUUUAAACAGCCAUUUUAUAUGUGUAUUGUUUUUUAAUUAAAAAAGCCAGUUGAAGAUACCAUGGAUAAACUGAAUCUGUGGUCUGUAGCAUUUCUAAUAUUUGCAGCAACUUAGUUUAUCACAUACUGCACACUUUGUACAGAUUUUCCACAGAAAUUAAGUUAUGAUUUUGUGCUCUCUAGCUUCCAGCUGAAUUCAGCUAAACUUCACCUUUGUAAAGAGUUUGAACAUGCUUUUCAUUAUUGUUAAAAAAUUCUGAGUACUUAGCAGAAUAGUGGUCUCUUAAAGAUCUCAGCUUCAUUAAAGGUCUUUAUUGAUGAAGAUAAGAUUACUAAAGUAAAGAUAGCUAGACUAAGCCGUCUGGCAUGCAGAAAUAUCACAACUGAUCAGAUUUAACUUAAAUGUGUAGAAUGGUUAUGCUAACUGAAAGCUUUGCAUUAUGCUGACUGAAAGUUCUGGAUUAUUAGCUGUUAGAAUCUAGAUAUGAUUUGCAGAAUGCAAACUGUUAAAAUAAGCUGUGGUUAAGGUUAUACUACGUAAUUGUUGCAGUUUUUGCAAAAUUCUUGACAAACUUUGAACCCAAGGGCAAUGCUGUAGCUGUAAAAAUGUCUUACAGAGCCUGAGAAGCUAGACCCUGCCUUGACCAUAAGACUAGGUGAAGUCAACAGAGUAAUAUGUAUUGACCACAGAACUGUGAGAAAGCCAUACAUCGUAAGUUAUGGUGUGAGAAACAGCAGCUCACAGUUCGCUCUGCAAUAUUUGAAAGAUUACAUGUUCAAUGAGAAAAUAAGAUUUGCACACUGCUUUUGACCGCAUAAUGCCUGGUCUAUUUUAUAUGAAACAAAUAUUCAUUUAAAAAUGUCAGUAAGAAGCCAAAAAUAUAAGACCUGUUUUGUC